GGGUGACUUCACUAAUGACAGAUCAGCCCUUAGACGAGAUGGCCCAUGGACGUGGCGAUGAUACGUCUAACCAGUUCUUGAUUAAUAAAGAGCUGAAGAAGGAGUGCGACUUCUAUUUUUCUAAAUUGUGCGACAUUGAGGUCCUCUGCCAAGAGUCAGAGGAGAUCGAAGAGAUGCCUAUUAUACAGAAAAUUGUACGCAUUUUGUAUGCAACUGAUGACGGAUUUCUCCCCCCGACCGCUACGUCAGAGCACGAGAAGGAGAAUUAAAUGUAAAACUAAAU